UUCGUGUGGAGGCUGUCGGGGCUGUCAGAUGAGGACUCAUCAGUUUCAGUAGCAUUUCCCACAUUUCGUGACAUGUAGACGAGAGAAGCUCCGGAGCGAACAUGCAGAUCCUGACUCCUCACGUCUACUGGGCGCAGCGGCACGGAGAGAUCUACCUCCGGGUGGAACUGAGCGACGCCAAGAAUCUCAAUAUCAGCCUGCAAGAAAACAACACACUUCAGUUCAGAGCACAGGGCCAUGGAGCUAAAGGAGAUAAUGAAUAUGAGUUCAGUCUGGAGUUCCUGGAACCCGUUAGACCAGAGAUUAACCAUAAGUCCACCCAGCGGCAGGUGGACAUCAAAGUCAUGAAGCAGGAGGAGCGCUGGUGGGACCGGCUGACGCUGCAGGAGAAGAAGCCUCUGUUCCUGGCUCCGGACUUCGACCGCUGGCUGGACGAGUCGGACGCUGAGAUGGAGCUUCAGGCGAAGGAGGAGGAGAAGAUAAACAAGAUUAGUGUGGAGUCAAGAAUUCGUAAAGACCCCUACCUCGGGCUGAAGAAAGGCUACUUGUUUAUGUACAACCUGGUGCAGUUCCUGGGAUUCUCCUGGAUCUUUGUCAACAUGACGGUUCGACUCUUCAUUCUUGGUCAAGACUCGUUCUACGACACCUUCCACACCACGGCUGAUAUGAUGUAUUUCUGUCAGAUGAUGGCCGUGCUCGAGGUCAUUAAUCCCUUGUUGGGUCUGGUUAAGACUGGAUUUUUUCCUGCUAUGAUACAGGUGGCAGGAAGGAACGUCAUUUUGUUCGUCAUCUUCGGCAGCGUGGAGGAGAUGCAGAACAAACCUGUGGUCUUCUUCGUGUUCUACCUGUGGAGCACCAUCGAGAUCUUCAGAUAUCCGUUCUACAUGCUGGCCUGCAUUAGCACAGAGUGGAAGCUGCUGACGUGGCUGAGAUACAGCCUGUGGAUCCCUCUGUACCCACUGGGGGUCAUAGCUGAAGCGGUGGCUGUGAUCCAGUCGCUGCCCAUCUUCGAUGAGACCCGUCUGUUCAGCCUCCCCCUGCCUGCCAUGCUGGGUCACUCUUUAAGCUUCUCCUACACUCUACAGCUCUACCUGGUCCUCAUGUUUCUGGGACUCUUCAUCAACUUCCGACACCUGUACAAGCAGAGGAGGAGACGGUUCCGCUCGAGGAAAAGGAAGGUCCACUAACCGAUCAGCACGCUUACUUUGCACACACCCUGUUUCCUUUUCCUCUUAUUUCUUUGUCUCAUCUUCCUAAACACCCACUCAGCUGAUGAUGAUGAUGAUGAUGAUGGAGUACUGGUCACAUUUUUCCUCCACUGGGUGAACUGUUUUCUCUACUGUACCAGCUCCAAACGUGUCCUGGUACGCUGUACAGGCUGAUGCAGUACUUUACUGACGUGAGUUUAAGUUGUUACCAAGUGUAUUCUCUCCAAAAUGUCCAUGUUUAUUACGAUUUCUGCACUAGAGGUGUCAUUCUCCGAUCAUCAUUUACGGUUGUACACACAGUUUUGUUUGUUGAUUUGUCUGGUUUGGGAUGUGGGUGAAGUGUUUUUCACAUUUUAACAAGGAUGGAAAUAUAAUAAGAAAACCAAUACUGAUGUUUUCAACAAACUGCUGCCCAAUUAUGAAUCUUGGCUUCAUGUAUCAUUAAAAUAUGGAAGCAAUGAUGUUUAUAAUUGGAAAUACACAAGUUACUGUUGACAUGCUUCAUAGGAGAGGAGUUGAUGAGCUGUCAUUUACAUUUUAUUUAUGAAUUUAAAACUUUUACAGUCUGGUUCAAAACAUCUCUUUACAACAUGUUUACUGAUGCUUCAUGAUCUUUUAAUGCAUUUAUUACAACUCACAACUCUGUCGUAGUCAGACAGACACAUAACUACCUUCAUGUUAUAUUUAUUGUUGUGUGUUAAUGCACUUAAAAGCUGAUACAGUUCUGAUGCUCUCUCGUUGUGUUCAAAGACGCUUCACUGUCUCAAAAGUUUGGAUUUUAUGUGCUACUUUAACACAUCUGAGGGAUUUCCCUGACGUUGUUUGCUUGUUUUGAAAAUGGUUCAGUAACUCUGCUUUCAUGAGCUCACUAUCAGUUGUAGGAAAUACACCACGAGAGUUUGAAAACGGUUGUCGUUCCUGCUUGAACAGGAACCGUGACGUAAAAGGCAGCAUUAUGUUUACAUGCACACUAAUACUCCACUAUUAUUCUGAGAUGGACAAUAUUCCAGAUGUCGCUAUUCGCUUUAUGUAGUCUGAAUUAAGGGUUGCUCCGAAUUCAGGAUUUUCUGAUUCUGAGCAUUAUUUAGACUCUUUGCCUGUUUACAUCAGUUCUGUUUAUUGUACAAACACCAACUAACCAACAUUUCACAAGACUGAGGUGGAGAUUCACGGCCCAAAAGGAAAGCCCAGAUUUCUGGCCAACAGAAGAAACACACUUACUUUACGUAUAAAAGACUUGUGCAGGUGUUUUGUGGUUGAAGGAAUAAGGAAGGAGGCUGUGUUUUUAUGGUCCACUAAUGGUAGAAAAGUGACAAAAUUCUGUUUAUGCAAAAUGGCACAAGUCAUUCCAUUUUUCCUUCCUUUGCUGUAAUAAACAACAUGCUGGCGUUGUUCAUGGGAGUACGCAAACAGAAAUAUCAGCAGAAUAUUUCUUUUCAUCAGUCAUUUAAACAGCUUAGUAGGAAUAUCAUCUUUUUCAAAAUAUUGUGUGCAUGUAAACAUCAUUUUUCAACGUACACUUGAAAAAAUAAUCUGUGAUGGAUUAUCUAUCUCAUGUUUAGUGUUAACUCUGUGAAGAAUAAGUCAGCAGUGAUGUGAAUUACACAAGCUGAGGUUAAUAAGCUAAUACACCACUUAUAGGGUUUUUAAAUUAACUUACAUAUUACAUGAGAUGCCUUUACAUUCAAACACAGCAGUUGUGAACUGCAAGUUUUGUUUUUGUUGGUUUCAGAAGUGCAUUUUAAGCACUGAGCCUCGGAUGAAGCCGUCCAGUCGGUCAGUGCUUUAAAUAUUAACAAAACCAUGCAAAUUACUUUCAGGGAAACUAUUUUUUUAAACAGCUUUUAUUUCUAACAGAAUCCACAAUCCUCUAUACAGGCCUGUACAGGUAGUUUUAUUUCUAAACUACAACAGGAGCUUGUGCUUAGACCUCGUGAUCUGAAGUGUUUUCUGUUCUCUAGAAUCAUAACUUUUGUUGUUUCAAAGCUGCAAAAGGCACACGGCUGAAAAAGAUGAGAUGUAAACUGUGAAGGAAAACCUCGUUCUCAUCCUGAAAUGUGACAGUAAUGUGACAGUCACGGGAUCAGUGAGCGAGUGUUUACACCACAUGAUAGAAAAUAUAUGAAGGAUGGGGGAGAAUUCUAACACCAAAGUGUGAAGCUUAAUGCAGCUCUGGUGGAGUGCAGGUAUGAGCUUUGCUGCACCUGUAACCAGGUGCAACACAGAGUCCCUGGGUCCACCUGCGCAUCACAUAUCAAAGCAGGACAUUCAGGGGGCGUUCAGUUCCACUUUAAUGUUGGUGAAGCAGAACACACAUCAGCUCAGAGCUCAGUCACUCGUUCAGGGAUGCAAACAGACUUCAGGUGCAGCAGUUUGAAGAAGGAGCAGGGAUUGACGUGAAGUUCACAAGUAUUGAUCGCUGCUCGUUCAUGUUUUGUUUGUGCAGAGAAGACUGAGAUAGAGGGUGUUGACAAAGUGCUUGAUCGAUUUUAACAUGUGAAUUCCUUUGCUUCCAGCUUGCUAAUUAUCUUAACUAUUACUCCCAGUCGUGUUUUUCCCCCGUGUGGAUGAAUUUCUGCCAGAUAACGACCCCCUGCACCUCCAGUUCUGUUUGUGUAGAAUUAAAAGGCCUACCUUCCUACAGUGAUAGUAUUAAUAAAUAUAUUACCGCAUGCCUCCCCAGCCUCGCCCCGUGAAUCGGACUGAGAAAAAGCAAUUUAUAUGCUUGUUUUUUCAACGUUCCGAUGCAAUCAGAGGACUUUAACAGUGCUUUGAUUACAACAAGACCUAAAGGAGUAGUUUGAACUUUGAGAUAUGAUCAGAACCAGCGAUCAAAUAAUCAGAAAAUUCUGCAGUUUGUUUGUCCACCAAAGAGCUCGUUAUGAAGUCUAGUUUUUAUCUGUCACAUGUCCUGCUCAGUACAUACGUGCCCUCAGAAAAAGUGUUAAAGUUUCUGCUGCUUUUAUUAGGCAUUCAAAUUAUAGCUCAAAACAGAACAAGACAAAAGCAGCCUUUUUUGUUUUUUAGUGAGUAUUUACAGGCCAAAAGUACGCUCACAGUAGACUACAACUUCACUGUACUGUUAACUUGCUGUUAAACGUUUACGUACAGUUGAAACCAGAAGUUUACGUACACUAGCCUUUUUUUUUCUCACUGUCUGACAUGAAAUGUGACAAAACUUUUCCUGUUUCAGGUCAGCUAGGAAACCAAGAUAAUUUCUAUUUGCUCAUUUUGGUA